GUGCUAUCUCGCUCGUGGUGUUGAGGAGCCAUCGAGGUGACAGCCAUUUUCAUUUCGUCGCUCAGUUGAAGUUUGUCUGCAGUGCUGUGAAAAUCUUGUGCUGUGAUUUGUGAGGGAAUUUCCCAGUGCAGUGGAAAAGCAAGGAGUUCAAGCGCACCAAGCGGAGAUUGUGUGGCGUACAAAUUCGGUAAUCCGGGCGUGCUGACGAGAGGCGCCCCGCAGCCAAGUAGUUCUUGUUAGCAGAGGAGUCUAGGCGGCAGAGGGCGCGCGCGCCUGGAGACUCUCCCGGACCCGGAUGCACCGGAUGCACCUUGGCGGAGGCGCAGAGGCAUCAUCUGGGGCGUGCCAGCUGUGAAUUCGGAGCUUUCCGGACCACCAUACACACAAACUUCACCCCCGGCGCGCCAGAGACAGGCAUCAAGCUGUGGGGCUCAGGAGCGUUCUUCCUCCCUCCGCAAGGAAUGUACUACCCGCACAUGGUCCAAGCGGGGGUGGGGCCCUUCCCGACGGCCCCUGGAUUCCCACCGACCCCGGCGGUGACUGCGGAAGGGAUCUCGGUGGCGGUGGCAGUGAAAGGUGGCGCCGAGAGUGUUCAGCCGCAGAUCAAGACGGAUUCUAUCGUGUCACAGCCCACUCCAGGAUCUCAGCAGCCAAGUGGACAGCAGCAAUUCAGUCCACCACUCCUUGGAUCUCAGCCUGGUCCACCGGCAUCCACUGGCCCACCUACGCUUCCUUUACCUCUUCCAGUUGCCACAAUAGCGAAUGGAAUUGAACAACAAACUGUCAGUAUAUCCGAUCUUUUGCAGCAAACAGAGGCGGACUCAGUCACAACGGCGGCGGCCACGACAGUUGGUUUAACAAGUGUGGCAACGACGGAAGUUGGUACUGCGCCAAUUGCGACUACGGCCACUCAGCCGCCGCAGCUGAGCAGCGUUCUAAGUUCUCCGGUGGCCGCGGCUACGCUGGCGCCGACCGUCGGCGCCACGACUCUCAGCGCCGCGAUUGUGGCUACGGAUCAGUCCAAGAACCAGCCAAAGCGGCUCCACGUGUCGAAUAUCCCGUUCAGAUUCAGAGAUCCUGAUCUUAGGGCAAUGUUUGGGCAAUUCGGAACAAUCCUCGAUGUUGAGAUUAUAUUCAAUGAGCGCGGAAGCAAGGGAUUCGGUUUUGUAACAUUCGCUAAUAGUAGCGAUGCGGAGCGAGCACGCGAACGUCUUCACGGCACUGUGGUUGAGGGGCGCAAGAUUGAGGUCAACAAUGCCACAGCACGAGUGCAAACGAAGAAAACGCCAACAGUUCCCAAUGUUUGUCUGACGAAAGAAGGUACCGUGGCAGCUCCAACUGCUCUGGUGUGCGUUCAAUGGCCAGAAGCCGCGGCAGCUUUGAGGGGUGUCGCAAUUCAGAGAGGACGCGCCAGGGCAGCUUUUCCGGCAGCCGCAGCCGCAUUGAAUGGAGCUUUUGCUAGACUGCCAACCCCACUGGCCGCAGCUGCGAACGCCGCCAAUGCCCUCCAUGGCUAUGCACCGAUGUACUAUGAUCCCUUCUUGGCUGCAGCCGCAGCCACGGCAGCUACGGCGGAUCCCAACUAUCGUUUGCAGGCAGCGAAACCAAUGACGGAAGUUCCAGCUCAACCGGCAAUUAUAAGUGCAGCAGCAGCGGCAGCGGCGCCACUCCUCAAGACACCGCUCUCCACAACUCAGCAGGCCUACACGGCAGCGGCCACUUACACUGCUGUGGCGGCGAGAGCAUAUGGAGCAGCAGCAGCCGCCCAGCCUGUGGCUGGAUACGCAACUGUGGCAGGGUAUGGCCGUGAGUAUGCUGAUCCGUACAUAAGCCAUGGAAUUGGACCUGUGCCCGGUUAUGGGAUGUACCGAAGUGGCUACAAUCGCUUUGCUCCGUACUAAUUCAAGCCAAUGAUGGAGAAUGGAGGGAAAUUCAGCGGAUGGAGAAGGAGCGGAAUAGCAAACCAAAAGUCUCUGAAAAUGGUUUUAUCCAUGACAUAUAAUUCAUAUAUGACAUUUUAAUCUCAAAAUAUUUUAAUUGCUACAAAAAAGAAAAGUGACAGGCACAAAUGAUGAAGCGAGAAUGGAAUAUUGUAUAAAAUAAAAGCGAAUGGGAAUGUUGACAAGCGAGGGGUGAAAAUUAUUGAGAAAUUACCAUUUUUAGCAGCUGUAGAUCUGAUGAUUACAAAGAUAAAUCUCUCUUAGCUGUGAAAGGAUUUAAACCCACUUUAUUUAUACAAUAUUCUUUUCAUUUUUAAGGAAUCCAUUCAAUUUAUAAAAAUAAGUGUAAAAAUCAUUGAGGAAAGCAAGAAAGGAUAAAAAUUUUAGAUUUAGGGAAUUCAGUGUAUUUGUAAAAGAUAGUCAUCUCUGAAGUUUUUUGUGGCAAAAAUCUCUGCAAUAUGAUUGUAUCGAUGAAGCAGCCAAAGCUCUAUAUAUUUUUUUAGUCGCCAACGUGGCAGCUUUUCAAUCUCAAAACGGAUAAUCUCCUUUUUUUUCGUAAUUAUUGAAUCUUUCGCAUUCGCUUGAAAGCCAUUUGUAAAUACUCAAAUUCAGGUUUUAUUUGUUAGGUAAAAUCUCUCUCUAAGCGACAAGCUUUUGUCGAGUGAAAAUCAAUUGUUAAGACAGAGCACAAGAGUUUUUUUUUUAAGUUGUAAACAAUGUAUUUUAAGUGGGAUUUUGUAACAUUGAAAAGCACAAAUUGUUUAUGGAAAUAAUUAUUUCACAAAAGAAAUUUAAGAACAGAGAAACAGCACAAGAAAAAUACCUCAUUUUUCAAUUAUAUUUGUCUAUUAGUAAAGUUGAAUUUGUGCUCUCUUAUCAGACUUUUAUAUAGUUUACACCCUUAUUUUUCAAUUUAUUUUUAUUCAAGAAAUUUAUAAUGAUAAUCUGAAGAGAAGAAAUGUAUUGUUACGACUGACGGGGUCUCAAGUGAACUUGGACGAACCAGAAAAUUACGGGAGUUCUCCUCAUCUUACGAGUCUUUUAUUUUCCUUAAGGGAAGCUACACGUAGGGGUGCGCAGAAUUUGCAAUUUCUACAGAUUAAAUGGGGCUUUUUGCGAACCGCGUCUUUUGCUUCGGACUUUCCACUUUUAUCGGUGAUCAAAGUAGCUUGUAUUGACUUUCUCUUCCAGCUUCUAAAUCCAUUGUGUUCAUCGUUUUCUCUUUAAUUUCAAUUAUCGAGAGAAUUGCAAUUUUAUUGUCUUUUAAAGUUUUCUCAAAUAUGGCUUAUUGGUGGGAGUUUAUUUCUAUUUUAACACGGAAUUUCCCGGUCAAACGAAAUGUUGAAGCUUCGCGUGCCCUUUUUAAUGUGAAGACAUUGUGGUUGAUGGUUUCUCGCCAGCUAUUGUCCAUCUGAGUUGCUUCUCGCUGGUUUCGGUGCUGGGCUUUAUAUCCAUACAUACCUAUCCACUACUCCGGCUUGUUCGUCUUUCUCCUCCUGCACCUGAGUUCUUUAGGGAACCGCCGAGCGUAACAGUAUUGAAAAUAUUGCAUAUCUGAGCAAGAAAACCUAUUAAGAGUAGUGAAGUAUCUCACAUUAAAAACUAUUUGUAGUAAGUUCCCAAGUUAAUCGAUGAUAAAAGUGAAAAUGAGAAAUUCAAAAUAAUGUGAACAAAGUGUGAAGAUAGGCAUGAAAAAUACUGUGUAGUUAUUUGUGUCCAAAAAACAAACAAACAGCUUCAUUUGCUGAAGUCUUCCCAAGAGAAAAGUAUGCAAAAAAAGAAGAUUGCAAAAAAUCCACUAUAUAAAAAUAUUUCUUCUGCCAAGCAAGAGCAAGAUUCCUAAGUAAUAAAUAAAUAGAAUUCCUCUUUUUCCUCCACGAAUAAAACAAAGGUAUAUUUACACCCCAAAAUUGUUCAGUUCUUCUGUGAGGCGGUUAAAGUGACAAAAACACGGGGUGAAUUUAAAGGAUGAAAGUAUAAUAACCAUUAUAGUGAUUAAUAAAAUGAGGAUUUGUGAGAUUGAAGCGCAAAACUAUUUAAACAUUGAUAUUCAAUGUUCAAAAUGAGUCUCUUUGCAAGAACAUGAUUUAAAGAAGAAGUAGAAUUGAUGAAAAUAGUUUAAAGAAACCACAAAUUUAAAGACUUUCUGGCUCUCUAAAAUAGAAGAAAAGAAAAGAAAAAAAACUAUGGGAAAUUGAGGGAGAAAAUCUUAGUUUUAAAUGCUCAAUUGUUCAAUUAAUCAUCACAAUAUAUUUCAUAUAAUCUUAAUAUAAGAAAUAUUUUUAGGCGGAUAAGUGAAGUGAGGAGCUCCCUUUUAAACAAAGUGGAGUAAAUAUGAUAUUAAGAUGGAAUAUUUUUUAAUGGUCGAGAAAAGAAGAGAAAAACUGAAUGUGUAAAGGAUACAUUUUACAAUGAGUAGGAGUAAAAGGAGUUGCAGAAGAGCGUCUUCAAAGCCAUAUUAAGGAAAAAAAUACACUGAAGCUGAGGAGAGAAAUGUAUAUUUUAGAGAACACACAUUCAAAAAACUAUAAAUGAGAAAAAUACUCAAUUAUUUUAAAUUGAUAAAUGUAGCGUUAGAUACGAAGGAAAAAAAAUCCAUUGAGAUAGAAAUUCACAUGACCUUUUUAAUGAACCAAUUUGAAUAUUGACGUGGAAGGAGUAAAAUUUUCAACUAAGACUUUAGUGAAGAACCAUUUUAAAGGAUAAAUGAAAUAUACAACAAUUUAAAAGAUACAUAUACUCUGAGAAAGAACAAC